UGCGAAAAGAAGAGCAAAAGCUCAAAAGCAAAACAACCCCUGAUACGUGGGCUGGGAACGACGAGACGACUAUUUUCCAAUAGUCUCUCUUCUCUGCUACUGCUCUUCUAUCCUUACUCCCUCACUCCACCUUCCUAAACAACCUAUACGAAAGUCGGUCAGUUGUUUCAAGAUUUAAGGAGACUCACUUUUCUAGAAACUUGUUCUAUAUGUAUAAAUACGCGUUUUUUUUAGUGUUGGGCAGAAGUGUGCUAAGGGUGAUAUUUGAAAUGUUGUUGAAAGCAAUAUGGAAUGUUAAGAGUGAAAAGCACAGAGGCUUCUUAAGGCUUCUGAGUAGACAUUUAUCUGUUUCCAGCAGAACUGUGAUAGACAAGGCAACAACAGAUGGAGAAGUGAGGGUUUUUAUAGUUUCUGGAGAGGUUUCUGGGGAUACAAUUGCUUCAAGACUUAUGGCAUCCCUAAAGAAGCUCUCUCCACUUCCCAUCAGAUUUUCUGGUGUUGGAGGAUCCCUGAUGGCCAAACAAGGUUUAACAUCUCUGUUUCCCAUAGAGGAUAUUUCUGUGAUGGGUAUAUGGGAGCUAUUGCCACAUAUAAAUAAACUCAGGGCUAAGUUGAAGGAUACAAUAGAGGCUGCACUUGUGUUUAAACCUCAUGUUGUUGUAACAGUUGACAACAAGGGUUUUUCUUUUCGUCUUCUAAAGAAGUUACGAGUUAGAUACAAUCAGCUCAAUUUGGAUGGUCCAGUACACUUCCAUUAUGUAGCACCUUCAUUUUGGGCAUGGAAAGGGGGUGAAGCAAGACUCAAAGGCCUAACUGAAUUUGUGGAUCAUGUCUUGUGUAUACUUCCAUUUGAGGAAGGAGUGUGCAGAGCUAACGGGCUAGGUGCAACUUUCGUGGGUCACCCCAUUGUUGAGGAUGUUAUGGAAUUAAAAGAUAGGAAUACUUCACCAUGUAAAUGGAAGAUUGAAGGAAAAUCAGAAGAUUUCAAAGAGAAAAAUGCAAUACCUGCAGGAGCUACUGUUGUUUCCUUGCUUCCUGGAAGCAGAUUACAAGAGGUCACUAGAAUGCUCACAAUCUUCAGAAAUACAAUGGACCUGUUAAAAGAGUCCUUUCCUGAAUUGGUAACUGUAAUUCAUGUUGCUUCUAAUCGGCAUGUUGAAAGCUACAUUGACGGAGUUGUUAGUAAAUGGCCUGUGCCGGCCAUAUUGGUUCCAGGGGGAUCCCAUCACCUGAAAUAUGAUGCAUUAAGUGCGAGUAAGGUUUCACUAUGUACAUCCGGUACAGUUGCUGUGGAGAUGCAGCUUGCACAGGUACCAUGUGUUGUAGCUUAUCGAGCCCAUUUCCUAACUGAGUGGUUUAUUCGAUAUAAAGCAAAGAUAUGCUAUGUUUCCCUUCCCAACAUUCUUAUGGAUUCAGCUAUCAUCCCUGAAGCUCUCUUCCAUUCAUGCACACACACAAAACUGGCUACAUUAUUAACUGACUUAAUAAAUAACGAUCACCUUCAAGAAGAACAGAUUGCUGCUGCGGAAAAGGUCAUCAGACUUCUGCUACCACCAGAAGAAACCAUGAACAAUAUGGGCCAGCAAAAUUUGAGGCUCAGCUUCCCCAUUCAAUCCCCAAGUAUGUUAGCAGCCUUUCUCAUUUUGUACCAUGAGAAGCCAUAAUUACAGUUUUAGAAUGUGCUAUUGCUCAAACACAAUCGAGAUAGUAAAUGUUUUGUUUUGAGACUUCUGAAAUAUUGCUUCUCAUUAAUUAUGAAUGAUUUGGAAACA